UAUAAUUUAUAUACUAUAAAAAACUACAUAUACUCUAGGCACACUCCAUUUUCUGUUGAAUGUAAAAGUUUAUUCAAACAAAAAAACGUUUGUACAAUAACCGCUUCUUUGUUUAGAGUGUUCUGUAUUUUUAAAGUUUUCAAGAAAAGAAUAGCAAAAAUGAAUAAAAACAAAGCUCUAUAACUAUAUUUGUUUAGAGUGUUCUGUAUUUUUAAAGUUUUCAAGAAAAAAAUAGCAAUAACCACAUACUGGUUCUUUCGUUUUGCUUCCAUACUACUGAAACUGCCUCGUGUACGGUUGGUAUUACCUAGUCAAAUUACGAGAACCAAACACGUUAUUAUAGUGUAAAGUCAUUAACUAAUACCCGUCGCAAACUCGAUAAAACCAUAUAAAGUCUUCGCUGAUUCUAUGUUCUCCAACGUUUUUAUUAAUUUUCACCAAUAAAACAUAGUUAUUUAAUUAUAAAGCGAUAGUUUUGGCGGUGCUGUGACAUAUUCACCAAAAGAAGACCACAAAACUAUUUUUAAUUUACAAAAAGAAACUACUUUUUAAUUUCAUUUUCUUAACUAAAAGAACCCAAUUUUGGCAUAGAAGAGAAGUGAAAAAACUAUGUAAAUGACAAGUAACAAAAGGUAGUUUCAAAAAAAAAAAGUAACAAAAGGUAUAAAAAGUUUGUAAUCUAUUUUACCAAAAAAAGUUUGUAAUCUAAGAGAGAUGAAUAUUGAAAAUACUAAAAUAACCAUCAAUUGAGUCCAUUCCAUUCGUGUUCGUUUUGCAUAUAAACUAUGAUGUUCUUGACGUGUUGCCAAAUAUAAUCUUAUCCAAACACAUCUUCAAAAAGCUUUUGUUUUAUUUGUUCUUGUUAUCUAUCUAGAAUUGUUAUUUAAAUAAGGAUCACUUGGUCACCAAGUGUUGGUGUCUCUGUUGGUUGCACUUAACAAAUGAGAAUGAUAACGUCAUUUGUCGCGUUCGUUAAGCACAUCAAAACACUGAAAUACGUAGUCCAAAUUGCAUUGAUGCGGCACUCUGGGGAAAACGACAAGAUAUAUUAAAAAGAACGACAAGAAGUCUACACACAAAAAAAAGAAACGGCACAUGUGAGAUGAGAAAAGUGCAACUUCUAAAUAAGCAAAUGGGAAAGAUCUGGAAUGUGUCAAAUGUCAAUCCAUAAGGAAAAAGCAGCGUGGCAAAACGGUGAAUCAGUGAUCAGACGGAUAUUAAUUCGAACCUUAAAUUUUCGUAUCUACAUCUUUUUUUCCUUAGAGAUUUUUUGAACAUCAACAUAGGCAAAAGAUUCAUUGUAUACAACUAAUGCUAACUUCACAGGUAACAAGAACCGCCUUCUAUUAUUCUCAUGGUUGAGAGUCGCCAUAAACUCGGAGGAGAUCAGUCUCUACAGUUGUGAAGUCCGUUUGGUCUAUAUCCCGCUUAGUUGUAUUAUGUGCGUCUUUUCUUAUUUACACUUUUUACCUUCGAUCUCAGCGAUAAUAUGGAAGACUGCAUAGCGUGCAUGACAUCAACAGCUAAGCUAACAAACAUGCGUGAGAUCUAGAAUAUCAACUUAAAACACACAAAAAAUCAUAAAAAGCACUCAGAAAACACUCUAAGACCAUGAUUAAUCCCAGUCUCUUAAAUGAGGUUCUUAGUUUCGGAUAAAAGACGAUUUUUAACUUUUUUUUUAGAUUUUAGCUAAGAAAAACUAAUAACCGUUUCUUAAAUAAAAGAUAUAAGAGCCGUUUCUUAGCCAAAAAAAAAAUAAAAAAAAAAAUAAAGAAAAACAAAAAAUAUCAAAUCAUUUGUUAAGAACCCCGGCUAAGAGACCGGAGCUAAUGAUACAGAAUAAGCCAAAACAAGCACAAUCCAUGCAAACAGGCACUCACCACAAGCUUUCCAACAAUUGGAAGACAAAGCCUCUGGCUUUCAAGUUUCAAGGCUUCAGUUGCUAGCAAAGAAUUCAAAUGAUCCAUGUCCAGAAGAGACCAUUAAUCUUCUAUAGGUAACCUGUCUAAAGUUUCAAAAUAGAGUGAUUUCGUUAUCAUCAAUAUAGCAAUUACAAACAAUGAUACAAAAUAGCUAGAAGUUCAUAUUCUCACCUUCUCCUUUAAGAUGAAAGCUAGUUUCAGUUUCUUCAUCAGAAAGAGCAACUUGAUCCGUUUCAGAGUGACAAAAUGGCGAGAUUGAUACCCAUGCAUUCCACAGGUUUUUCUGGACUAUAUUACUUUUUCAUGCUUAUUAUCAUUCAUAUUUGCAUUGGUGAUCACAUCAGCAUCGGAAAAAUAUCAGCAUGCAACGCAAUCCAAAACGUAGAGAGGAACAAAAGUGAAAUAAAAUCCUGUUCUCGGUCCUCUCACCAGAGAAUGAUAAGUAUGCCAUGUUAAUAGAUUAAAAAAAUUGUGCAUCCUCCCAUCGGGUUAACAUCGCCGAUUAAAUAAAAAAGUUUUGGAAAACACAUAUUCUAUUAUUCUUUUAUUUUAAUCAAUAUAUAUAUAACUUUUUUUUGUAACAUUCAAUAUAUAUAUAUUUUUUUUUUCAGGUAGGUUAACCUAAUCUCUUUUAACUAUUAAAAGAGAGGGAGGGAGGAAAAAGAAAAGCCGUCACACUCAUAUUACAACCUUCCUUCGUUGAAACUUGAAAAGAUGACGAUGAUCUCUGAUCUUCCACAUGAUUUGGUAGAGAAUGUACUAUCGAGGCUUCCCCUGAUGACAUCUACCCGAAAGGUGCGCUCUACAUGCAAACGGUGGAACGCUUUAUCUAAGGAUCCCGACUUUACAAAACGCUUUGUUAAAGGGUUGUCAAGGCUGAUAAUCAUGAGAUCUGAAUUUAGGAUUUGGUUAAUGAGCGUCGAUUUCCAAGGUAGCCUCAACAAUAAGGACGACUUUGUUGCUCCAUAUGUUAAAGAAGGUAAACUUACUAGCCUAAACAAUUCAGAUCCCCAGAUAUCAAAAGUUUUUCACUGCAACGGGUUACUCUUAUGCUCGACCAAAGACAUGCGUAGGCUCGUUGUUUGGAACCCGUACUUGGGACAAACUAGGCGGAUCAAACCCAGGAUAGCUUUCCACAAACGCGACAUCUAUGCUCUCGGUUACGACGUAAACAAGAACCAAAAAAUAUUGAGGUUUUUGGAUGAUAACACUACAUUUAGAAACCCCUAUUUUGUAUAUGAGAUAUACGAUUUAAAGUCUAGCUCAUGGAGGGUUCUUGAUGUCAAUGCUGACUGGGAGAUAGAUUAUUAUCAUCGUGGAUUGUCUUUGAAGGGAAGUGCUUACUUUUUUGCUAAAGAAAAAAUGGAAUGGGAUGGAGAAGAAGGAGAAGAAGGAGAAGAAGAAAUAGAUGUAACAGACCAAGAGACGUUUCUGCUUUGUUUUGAUUUUACAAGAGAGAGAUUUGGACCGCGUCUGCCUCUGCCGUUUCACUCUCAUGCUGAAGAAACUGUGGCCCUCUCUAGUGUUAGAGAAGAGCAGCUUGCGGUGUUAUAUCAGGGGGAUUCAUCGUGUCUAGUAGAGAUAUGGGUUACAAAUAGAAUUGAGCCUAAUGCAGUGUCAUGGAGCAAGUUGUUUUUAUCAGUGGAUAUUGAAACACUCUUUGGUCCCCAUCUGCUUCAUUUUGCCGGUGGGAGUUUCAUCAUUGACGAGGAACAAAAACUCGCAGUGAUUUUUGAUAAAGACGAAGAAGAAAUGUACAAUAAAGCUUACCUAAUUGGGGAGAAUGGAUGCUACAAAACAUUGGAUCUCCAAGAGGAUACAUACCACCGAGCAGAAACUGGAGAAUUCACUAGUAUGCCACUCGUGUGCUCUUAUUUUCCUACAUCGGUGAAGAUCCAGCAACGUGCAAGACGAGGCAAAAGGAAAGAACGAGAUUAUUAGAAUCAUUUGGUUUUAUUGUGUCAUCUCCUUUAAACAAGAUUAAGUUGUUUCUGUUUGAUUAAUAAAACAGUUUUUGCUGAUGGAGUUCCUUGCUGAAUAAUAAUUCUUAAUUAGUCUUUUAUUGUUUGAUCAAAAAGAAAAAUUAGUCUUUUAUUUUACUAUCAGUUCUUUUCAUCUCUUCAUGUAGACCUUGUAUGCUUCCAACCAUGCAUUGUGGUGAGGCAAGCUAAAUCAAGGGACUGUAGUAUGUUUACUUUUAAUUUUGUUUGUUGUUGUUUCCAGUUAUUUUCAACAGUGUUCUAUACCUCUCUAUGAUUGUGGCCAUUGCCACCAUGAAAAUAAAGGUUUUAAUUUUAGUAAAUUUGGUUUCUUGGAUCGAAUUUUGGGUGAUUUGAUUUGAGUAUCAGAAAGAAAAGAUGUUUGCACAUGAAGAAAGGAAGUAAGUAACUUGGAUGAUAGACACAUUGAAAUGAAGACAAAAAGGGCAAUUAAAAACUAUUGAUCAGAUAAGAAGAAUCCCAUCUCUUCCACCGGUGGGACUGGGACCAGGAACGCUGACUGCUUCGAUCUGCUGGAAUCUAUGGAUAUCAAGAAACCAAUUGACCUUCCAACAGAGAAAAUUCACACCAGAGGAGACUCUAAAAAAAGCGACCUGUGAAGCUCGAGAAUGGACGCUUGCUCAAACUCCACCGCUAACUCCGAGCCAGAGACCUCCUAGCAUCAACCAGGAUCCUCCUCUAAGUACCUCAACAACGCGCAUGUACACAGAUGCUGCUUGGAACGCCUCAACGGGCUUUGCGGGACUUGGAUGGAUCAUCGAUGAUACGGGAUCGUCAUCAUCAUACUCAGCGACUGCAACCUUUGUAAAGUCGCCCCUCUUUGCGGAAACCUUGGCUUUGCGAAAAGCUAUGACCUCUGCUAUUGAUAAAGGGAUUAACUCUCUCCUGAUUCUCUCGGAUUCUCAGUCUCUCAUCAAGCUUCUGAAUUCAAAGGGAAGGAAUCUUGAGAUCGCAGGACUCCUCAACGACAUUUAUCUCCUAUCUACUUCCUUUAAUGCUAUCCAGUUUAAGUUUAUUCCUAGAGCAAACAAUGAUAGGGCAGACUCUGUUGCCAAACAAGCUCUAGCUGUAAUGUUUUAAAUGUUUAAGUUUUAAUGAAUGCAGUUUCACAAAAAAAAAAAAAAAAACUAUUGACGAUAAAGAUUCAUUUUUUUAAAGAAGAUCAAUAUAAAGAUAGUUUGUAAAUGAGAUUUUAUAGUAUGGUGAAGUUGAAAUAACUACAAAAGAAAACGAGAUAACUUUCUUGGUUUCUUUCAUUCAGCUAUAAUUACUCAGCAAAAUUACUCAGUUAGCCAACAACGUAACAAGAUUGCAACGUGCGGGUUCAUCCUCGGAUGAGCUUUUAAUCUUUUUUUUUUUUGAAUGAAUGUUAAAUUUAUUCAUCAAAAAACUCUUCUUACAACAAGUGUGACCUUUGUUUAUUUUAUAAACUCAUAACUCCUAUGAUCUUAACUUUUUAAAAAAUUUUAAACUCUUGUGCUAAACCAAAAUUGUAAUCCUUCUUCCCACCCUUUAACUCCUUUUGUUCUCAUAAUACUCAACUUAUUUCGCAUCCCCUUAUCCACCAACUUCAUAACAGCUACUAUCGGCAAUGGCUUCUCGUCAUGCUUGAUCCUGUUCCUUUCUCUCCACAAGACAUGGAUAGUAACCUGAAAAGCAUAUCUAAGACAAAAUCUCUUCUUCAUUUCUAUUCUCUCCUCCUUGAUGAUGGUCAAUAUGUCUGACCAAACAUUUGUGUACUCAUUGAGAAGUAUACCUUUUGUAAUAUACUCCUAUACCUGAGAAGAGUAGGAGCAGUCAAAAAAUAAAUGGCUUCUCGACUCCGACUCUCUCUUACAGAGCACACAGAUCACAUCAACAUCCCGAUUCCACUUGGAGAUUCUGUCCAUCGUAGACAGUCUAUCUUUUACUGCUAACCAGGCUAUGAAUGCAUACUUUGGGGUCGCUUGAGAGAACCAGAUGCUUCUUGACCAGUCACAUCUCCCCGUUUCAAUUUUCAUUAACAACCAGGUUUCAUAUGUCGAGAACUUCUGUUUAAAACCCGUUUUCCUCCUCCACAUAUUUACAUCUUCCACUUCAUCUCUCAGCUUCUCUUUAACAAUAACCAAAUCAGACUCAAUGUUAUUUAGCAACUGAGAGCGAUGCCUCCUUUGUCUUGUAACACUUACUGCUUCCUUAACUGUAGCUUCUCUGCUAAUACCCAUAUCAACUAUGCCUCUCUCGCCUAGCAGAGUGAAGAGAGAUCCUCUUAUUGACCAGUCAUCAAACCAGAACGAAGUCGUUUCCCCACUCCCCAACUCUUUCUUAUGAAAAGACCUGGCUACAUCUCUCAUCUUUACCAUCUUCCUCCACAUCCAAGAGCCUACUUGAGAUUUCUCACUUAUCUCCCAAAAUGUCUUAUGUUUUAACAAGUUACUCUCCACCCAUUUCCCCCACAAUGAAGCACCCGAAAGCAUUCUCCAAAUAAGCUUUAACACAUUAACUCUGUUGACGACUUUGAGAGCUCUAAUACCCAAUCCUCCUUCUUGCUUAGUCUGACAGACAACGUUCCAAGCAACCUUAGCUCCCAUGACUUUUAAUUCAGGCCCUGUCCAUAGAAAAGCUCCACAGAGACUUUCUAUUUCCUGAAUACACUUACUGGGUAGAAGGUAGACCGUGGCCCAGAAAUUCACCAAACUCAUUAGCACAGCUUUAAUCAGUUGAAGUCUUCCCGCGUAAGAGAGAAAUUUACUUGUUAAGGUACUGAUUCGGCAUCUGAUCUUCUCAACCAGUGGGAAAUAAUCCUGCUUUCUCAUAGCUUUAGUCAUUAAUGGGAGACCAAGAUACCUGAUAGGAAGCACACCUUUUGCAAAUGAGAAAUUUGACAAAAUUCUUACUUCCUCCUCCUCAGAAACUCCCGCUAAGUAUAACGUAGACUUCGCUAUACUGAUAUGCAGACCAGACCAAUCAGCAAAUUUAUCAAAUACUGAUAGAGCUUCCUUAACAGACUCUUUAGACCCCUCCACAAACACCAUCAGGUCAUCCGCAAAACAUAGGUGGGUUAUAAAAAGUAACUUACAUAAUAAAUGCCAUUCGGUUUCUGGUAACCAUUCGUUAUCUUCAACUAAAACCUUAAGAAAGUCCCAUGAGAAUUGCAGGUCAUAUACCAAAAUGUCAAAAGCCCAAGAGAACUCUUGAUGAGAUCAAACCCGAUAAUUUGAACAGAAUAUAACCAAUAUGUAACACCCGGGAAUUCACCUAGUGACAAAUAUAACAUGGGAAACGGGCAUAGACGACUUCUUUUCUGCUAACAUUUAUCUAAUAUCUUAUAGAUUUUCUUUACUGUCAAUUUAUUCUUCCACCUGAAAACCGCAGCUUCCCACGUGUCAUCUCUAACAAAUUUUCUUUAUUGUCACUCACACAAACAGAAAAGCUAUACGGGGUCCACAAAUAUCUUUCUUCGAGGUUAUAUACCAACACGCACGCAUAACAGAUUUUGUAGAGUAGACUAAAGCGAGACUAGAGCGAGACUAGAGUGAGAGAGAAGAAAUUUACAAAAUGAAUCUAGAGAAUAGCCAGAUAGCAGAGAACAACCGGAUGAGCGGGAUAAGGAAUCUUCAGACGAACCACCGCAACCACCGUAAGUAUCUUCUCCCCUUAUACAUUACACUGAAUAGAUCAAUUUUUCUCCUCGCCGUGAAACCGUCGAGUCAUUUCAUAUAAUUUCUCCGUUUGAUUCUUCUCUCCCCCAUCUCCUCCUCUGUUUCGUUCACUGAUUUUCUUCCCAUAUCGAUCUUUACUCGUUAGACGUGCUUUUACUUUCCUCCUCUUCUCUUUCAACGUGACGCUACACGUAUCUGACGCCACGGUGUGAAGAGUAGUCAGAGGAAGAUGGUGGUUACUUACUCAGCUCGAUCUUAGUGUGUGCUUUUCUCUUUCCUCUUUUUGUGUGACGCGAUCGUCUUAAGAGGGAGAAGUGCAUUUCAUCAUCUUCAUCAACGCGUCGUCGGAGAAUAACGAUAUUCAAACUAUUAUUCUGACUCGUUAACAUAAUAAUAUUCACAUGACGAAUCUUAUGAAACUAUUAUUGUAUAUCGUAAUUUGUUUUUGUUGCAGCGGACGUUGGGAAUAUCAUCCGGCGCUCUGAGGACAACUGGCUCAGUGCUAGCGAUGUUUACAGUAUUCUCAGUCAUCGGGAGAGUUUGACGGUUUCCACCAACCAAAAUCCCCGACGUGGGGUCGAAGGGCUUUAUCUUUUCUAUUGCCACCGGUUCUUAAACUACAGGAACGGCUUCGUAGGGACGCGUCGAUUUACUCGCAGACAUGGCGAGCACACUAUCAGAGUUACCCAGUCUCGACCCCUUCGUCCUGUUGCUCCCACUUAUAGCCGCAGGUUACACCGGUGCUACCCUAGUUUCGGCAGGUUUGUCCUCGUGCACUACCGCAUUGUGUAGGUGUUGAUCUCAUCUCAUCUUCCUCGUCUAUCCUAACCAUAUUUGAGUGACUAUAUCGAACUUAUGAUAAACCUAGAUCAAUGUUAUUCUGUCUUAAUAAAAAUGUUAUUGUAUCUCUGGGUUACUAUUAUGGACUUAUCA